UCAGAGGAUCGAACCUGAUCGGCCGCUCGAGGUGCCAUAUCGCUGCCGACCCGCUCGGGCUGCAGAAGAAGAAAGCACCGCCCGAUGGGGACCUCCGGAGACACGCAGCCGCGCAGCCUGGAACGAUGCCGCAUACGAUGCCCAGAGCAGAGGCAUAGGAGCAGACGGCGCCGAUCACACGUGCCUGCGACCAAUAACGUGGCACUCAACUAAAAAAAUCUGACGAUGAGACCGUGCUGAAGCCACGUGAGCACAAACACUGCCACUUGAUGGGCAGGAGUGGCCAGGCAGACCGGAUCUACGACUCCUCAUGAAGAGCAGAAGGAGAAAAAGGCACGCGCAAACAUUCAAACUGCCCGCCUACUGCACCUAUCCUGGCCAGGCCAAAAAAUCUAGCCUCUGGUGCCCUGGAUCUCAGGUGGACCCGCCCGCCUGGCUCGGCCAGACCUGCGUCGGUCUGCACCGAUCGUGGCCCCCAAGAGGCCGGCUGCGGCCUGGCCAGGGCACCCGUGGGGCGUGCAUGACCAAGGAGGGCCAGAGCGAGGGUCGCGGCCUGCUGGCGAGUCCUCUCCUCCUCCUCCCCCUCCUCCUCAAAGACUGCCUCAGAGGUAAGCCCUUUGGCGCGCCGCCCACGAUGCUGUGGAACAGGGGUGAGACAGUGAGGUGCCAGUGCGGCUACACCGGCUGAGACCUUGAGGCAAGAAGCGUUCCGCGGCUAGCAUCGGCUACACGCAGUCUCAAUAGCAACGCUGCAUUUGCACAGGAGCCCCCCGGCACCGACGGCUGGCGGCCCUGGCCUGGGCGCCCAAUCCUGGCGGGACUCAAUCGGCUGGCGGAGCUGGGUCUCUCCAAAGCCGCCGUGGAGCACACAAAGGUGCGACAGCAUUGGCCAAACCCUCUGGAAGCCCCCCCUCCGGAAGAAUACCAUAACACCCGCUGGAAGACCCACGAGAGGGGAGGGACACGUUCGAAUGCCUCGAGAGGAAAAAAAGGCUCACCUCGCAGGCGUCCCAAGGGGGGCGCGGGGGAGGCGGUGGUGGCUCGCCGGACGUGCGGCACCGCACGCAGAGGGCAGACGCGCGACGGCCCGCGCGCUUUCCUCGGUGCGCCGGCGCGCACUGCGAAGAAAAAGUGAACAAAAGCUUCGGCUAUCUGGCCCCGCCCUCUGGCUCU